CGCCUGCCGCCGCUGCUCGCCUCCCUGGGGCGCCGCGCCGAGCGCCUGUCGCGCGCGCCGCACGUCGACGUCCGCGACUACGAGAAGCUGAGCCACGAGAUCGCGUCUGCGGAGGCGCUGAUGGCACAGGCGCGCUCGCUGAUGGCCAAGUUCUGCGGCGAGGACGGCGGCGGCGGCGACGGCGACGCCGGCCCCUCGACUAGCUCCGGCUCCGGCCCUGACCCGGGCUCCAGCACUGGUUCCAGCUCCAGCGCCGCCAGCGAGGAGGCGCGCCGCUUCGUGUACGCGCUGCUGCAGGCGCCCAGGGCGGACCUGCCCGGCGGGCCGCGCGGGCUGCUGGCGGCGCGCGUCCGGGCCUUCUUCGCCGAGGCGCACAAGGCGUCGCAUAUGCUGGCGGACCCGGAGGUGCUGGACGAGGGGGACGAGCCGUGGUCGGGCAGCGGCGGGCCCUCCGCCUUCCCGCAGCCCGCGCGACGCGAGUUCAUCCUGCGCGCCGUGGCGCCCAGGCCGUCGCCCUGCUCGCAGCCGGCGCCGCACAAGAUGUGCGCCGUGCUGCAGCGACACGACUUUCGCAUCGCCGCCUGCUUCACUCUCGACACGACCUUCCACUAGCCGCGGGCCGGCUGCCGACCUGGCGAAACUGGAUGCUGUUCACUCUAUUCGCAUAUUUUAUCGCUGUUAUUUUACUAGCAAAGAGACAAAUAAAUAAAUGCUUAUUGCCUGUUGCCACUGCA